AUGCCCGCACGGGCGAGCAAACCAUUAAAGAGCAUUGUGCUUCCGAAAUUCGCUACUGUUUCCAACUUGGCCACGCUUUUACAGGUGCGUUUUGUCGAUUUGCAACAGCGCAUGCAGGACAUGGGCUACAGUGACACCGAUCCAGACCAUAUUGUAGACGACGAGAACGCUCAGUUAAUUGCUGAUGAGUUUGGAAUUGAAGGGCAGGUGAGCCAAAGCCACGGCGAUGAUGUGUACGCUCAGCCACCUCCGGAGAAUCUCGCUGCCUGUCCGGAGCGCCCGCCCGUAAUUGCUCUCAUGGGCCAUGUUGACCACGGAAAAACUACUUUGCUUGACUAUUUCCGAUCUUCUCAAAUUGUUAAAGGCGAAAAAGGUGGAAUCACUCAGCAUAUAGGUGCGUUCAUGACGAAUCUGCGUCAGACAAACCGCCAGGUCUGUUUUUUGGAUACUCCAGGCCACGAGGCGUUUUUGAAGCUUCGCCAACGUGGCGCCAAUCUCACAGAUAUUGUCCUACUUGUUGUAGCUGCAGAUGACUCGGUGAUGCCCCAAACUAAGGAGGCUAUCAAGCAUGCCAAGGCAGCUGGCGUACCCAUGCUGGUUGCAAUUACGAAAAUUGAUCGCCCGGAAGCCAAUAUCGAGAAGGUAACUGCUGAUCUAGCUGCUGCGGAUGUCGAUGUCGAAGACUACGGUGGAGAAACCCAGACAAUCCCCGUUUCAGCCGUCACAAAGCAGGGGGUGGAUGACCUCGAGACCGCACUUACGGCCUUGAUUGAAGUGAUCGAUGCGAGAGCUCCAAAAUAUGGGAACGUUGAGGGUGUUAUAGUUGAAUCGCAGAAACUCAAAGGUCUCGGGCUCACCACCUCGAUGAUUGUACGUCGCGGCACCUUGAAGCCUAAAAUGCCGUUGGUUGCCGGCACAGCACACUGCCACGUGCGUCAAAUUUUCAACGAAAACAAUAAGGCUCUCAAAGAGGCUCCUCCUGGUACUCCCGUUCGUAUCACAGGGUGGCAAGAUUUGCCUGAGCCCGGUGACACAGUUCUCCAAGCUUCAUCUGAAGAUAUGGCCAAAAGAGUAGUGGCGAACCGUAAACGGUUGAUUCAAGAGGCGCUAGAAGCCAAGCAAGUUGAGAUCAUCAACGAAAAUCGCCGCAUUGAACAUAUGAUGGCUAAAGAAGCCAAAGAAAAGGCUGAGCGGUUGAGCCUUGGUCUCUCUGUCGACGAGAAAGAAACAGUUUCCCAGCAGAAGACCUGCAGCUACAUUGUUAAAGCCGAUGUCAGUGGUUCUGCUGAGGCAAUUGCAGACUGUGUUAAGGAUUUACGGAACGACCAGGUUGCUGCAGACGUUCUCUUUACCGGUGUUGGUGCAGUUACUGAAAAUGAUGUGUUCCGAGCGCAGGCCGCUGGUGCUACGAUUCUUGCCUUCACUACCCAAGUCUCGAGACCAAUUCAGCGCAUCGCUGAACAGCAAAAAGUACCGAUUCGAAAUUACGACGUGAUUUAUAAAUUAUUGGGUGAUAUUUCCGAAGAUUUGUCGAACCUGCUCCCCCCGGUCAUCACCCGAAAGGUAAUUGGCUCGGCAGAAAUUCGUCAAGUAUUCAAAAUCACUGUUAAAAAGAGUCAUAUCCUUGUCGCGGGUAUCAAGGUCAUCAAAGGAAGCUUCAAUCUCCGCACCCUUGUUCAAGUUGUGCGAGGUGGUGAGGUGAUCCAUAGUGGACUGCUCAGUUCGAUUCGCCAUGGCAAAGAUCAAGUGGCCGAGGCGCACAAGGGAUCUGAGUAUGGCGUGGGCUUUGAUAACUGGGACAAGUUCGAAGAGGGUGACGUUAUUGAGGCUUAUGAAGAGAUCAAAACGAAGCAGUACCUCUGA